AUGCUUUGACGCUCGGGCUCUACGGGAUGGCAGAGCGGCAGUUUACUGGGUAAUUCACAUGCAGAGCUGCACCAUAAAUCUCGGGCGCUCAGUUGCCGUGGCACCACGGAGCGUUUCCCCACGUACAGUACAGUAUUUCUGCCAUCUUUGUUUGCAUUGCGGUGAGUCAUCAAAGUCUGUCUUGUACCAACACCCGGAGCCGUGCAUUCCUCUGGCACUGGCACUCCACUGUUUUUAAAGCUGGGGCUGGAGCUGGCAUUUACUUGGGCUCCGAAAUCAAAGGCGGCUAUUCAUUCCCGAGAGCUGCCUGAAUGUCCGUCUGCAUCCGGCCUCUUCAUUUAGAUGCUGUGCGCUGCCCCGGAGAGCCGGGCUGGGUGCAGCUGAGCUGCGGCCGCGGAGCCCAGCGCGGAGACUCUCUGCCCUCCUCCUCCUCCUCCUCCUCCUCCUCCUCCUCCUCCUCCUCCUCCUCUCCCCCGGCUCCUCGCGCCCUCCCCACCCCAAGGGCUCGCGCUCCGUUUGCUGCAUUCCCGGAGCAGCCGGCGAGCCUGCCCCUGCCAGGCUGAGCGGGCAGUGCCGGGCCACCGGCGGCAGCCGCCAAAGAUGUGCCCCCCUCGGGCGCUCCCGCGCUGAGUCUGAGGCCCGCCCUCUAGCGCCUGCCCGCCAUGUCGCAGAUGCUGCACAUCGAGAUCCCCAACUUCGGGAACACUGUGCUCGGCUGCCUCAAUGAGCAGCGCCUGCUGGGCCUCUACUGUGAUGUGUCCAUUGUGGUCAAAGGCCAGGCUUUCAAGGCCCACCGGGCCGUCCUGGCCGCCAGCAGCCUGUACUUCCGCGACCUGUUCAGCGGCAACAGUAAGAGCGCCUUCGAGCUGCCGGGCACCGUGCCGCCUGCCUGCUUCCAGCAGAUCCUGUCCUUCUGCUACACGGGCAGGCUGACCAUGGCGGCCAGCGAGCAGCUCGUGGUCAUGUACACGGCCGGCUUCCUGCAGAUCCAGCACAUCGUGGAGCGCGGCACAGACCUCAUGUUCAAGGUGAGCUCGCCCCACUGUGACUCGCAGACCGCCAUGAUCGAGGACGCCAGCUCUGAGCCCCAGAGCCCCUGCACCCAGCUGCAGCCGGCCGCCCCCGCAGCCCCCCCCUACGUCGUGUCCCCCUCCGUGCCCAUCCCACUGCUGACCCGUGUGAAGCAUGAAGCCAUGGAGCUGCCGCCGGCCGCCGGCCCGGGCCUGGCCCCCAAGCGCCCGCUGGAGACGGGGCCCCGGGAUGGCACAGCGGUGGCGGGCGCCACGGUGGCGGGCGCAGCCCCUCUCAAGCUGCCCCGGGUCUCCUACUACGGGGUGCCCAGCCUGGCCACCCUCAUCCCCAGCAUCCAGCAGGUGCCCUACUCCCAGGGGGAGCGGACCAGUCCGGGGGCCAGCAGCCUGCCCACCACCGACAGCCCCACGUCUUACCACAACGAGGAGGACGAGGAGGAUGACGAGGCCUACGACACCAUGGUGGAGGAGCAGUAUGGCCAGAUGUACAUCAAGGCCACCGGCAGCUAUGCAGUGCAGGAGAAGCCGGAGCCCAUGCCCCUGGAGAGCCGCUCCUGUGUCCUCAUCCGCCGCGACCUUGUGGCGCUGCCCGCCAGCCUCAUCAGCCAGAUCGGGUACCGCUGCCACCCCAAGCUCUACUCGGAAGGGGACCCCGGGGAGAAGCUGGAGCUGGUCGCAGGCUCCGGGGUGUACAUCACGCGCGGCCAGCUGAUGAACUGCCACCUCUGUGCAGGGGUGAAGCACAAGGUCCUGCUGCGGCGGCUCCUCGCCACGUUCUUUGACAGGAACACUCUGGCCAACAGCUGCGGCACAGGUAUUCGCUCCUCCACCAGCGACCCAAGCCGCAAGCCUCUGGACAGCCGGGUUCUGAACGCUGUGAAACUGUACUGUCAGAACUUUGCCCCCAGCUUCAAGGAGAGCGAGAUGAACGUCAUCGCAGCGGACAUGUGCACCAACGCGCGCCGCGUCCGCAAGCGCUGGCUGCCCAAGAUCAAGUCCAUGCUGCCCGAGGGCGUGGAGAUGUACCGCACGGUCAUGGGCUCCUCGGCCGCCGGCGUGCCCCUCGACCCCGACUUCCCGCCCGCCGCGGCGCAGGUGUUCGAGCAGCGCAUCUAUGCCGAGCGGCGGGGCGACGCCGCCACCAUCGUGGCCCUGAGGACUGACGCCGUGAACGUCGACCUGAGCGCCGCCGCCAACCCCAGCUUCGACGCGGGCGAGGAGGCAGACGGGGCCGGCUCGGUCAUCCAGGAGGUGGCCGCGCCCGAGCCGCCGCCGCCCGCGGCCGCGCAGAGCCCCCCGGCGCCCUUCGAGCAGGGCAGCGCCAGCUCCAGCCGGCCGCAGACGCCCGCGGCGCCCCGGAGACAGGAGGCGUCCUACGCGGGGACCUUGUAGAGGAGCCGCCGGGAGCCUCGCGGGACCGGUACUAAAGCUGCUUGCAUGCGUUACUAAUACAAACAAAUGUGAUCAAGCCACUUACCUACGGGACUGCUACUGUUGCCUGACAAAAAUGUGAUUUUUAUCCUGCUUGUAUUUAAAGUUCAUGAAGGAAACAAA